UUUUCCCUUUCUUCUCCCUCUGUCACUCAUCCUUCUUCACACCUUCCAAUGGGCUUCUAUGUUGAGGAACCUGUCUCAGGUUUGACGAUAGGCCAAGCCAUAUAUGAGGUUGCUCUAAUCAUUGCAAUUCUGAGAUGGGUCUUGUGCUUGGUUUUCAGAGUGAUCAAAGACAGAAGAACACGCUCUCUUCACACCCCACAUGAACCCUCUUCUCCUUCUUCUUCUUCAUGCAUGACAAGGGACAAAGAGAACACUCUCUUGUUAACCACCUUUGGUGAGAUUGUGGAAAGACUACCACAAACAGAGGACACGUGUGCAGUUUGCUUGAACCAGCUGAAAAUGGAAGAUGAAGUUAGAGAACUGAUGAACUGUUACCAUGUGUUCCACAGAGAGUGCAUAGACAAAUGGUUGGAACAUGAUCAUGAGAACCACAAAUCCACUUGUCCACUGUGCAGAGCCCCUUUGUUGAGUUGUUGUUACAUGACAUCAGAGAGUUCUAGCUGUGUGCCUCCUCCUCAACCUAGUUGGGCUGUGGAGAGACUUCUCUAUCUCUUUGGUGAUGAUUUGUUGCCUUGUUAGCCCUUUUUUGUAUACUGUGAAGAUAUUUUAGCGUAGGGGAUUCAUUAUUUGUUCAGUUUUUAUGGUCAUGAUCUCAAGCUGAAGUCCUAUGUGGCCUUGUUGGUUGCUGCUAGAAAA